GUAUGUAUAGAGAGAGAAAGGAAAAUAUAUAUAGAGAGAGGAAAAACUUGAAACUCAACACCCACAGCAAAAACCAUCAGGGCCAGGUCUCUCUUAUACAUACAUACAUACAAAACUCUCCCCAUCUCCUUCCUCGUCUUCUUAAUUUCCUCCAAAACCUUCUCGCCUAAAUUCUGCAAGUAAUUGGGAGAUUAAUGAUUGAUCGACCGGCGGGCAAGUAGCACAUGAAUAAGCGCAGGGAGCGAACCCUCCAAGACCUCUGCGAUGUCACUCCCACUUUAUCCAAGCCCCAGAUUACCCCAGUAUUGAGCGGAAACUUUAGGAUGCAAGGGCCAGUUGAUGAAGCAAAUCGUGACUUGUUGACCCAUAUGGUGAAACCUGAAAAUAGCAAGGGCUUCAGUAGUUGUUGUGAUAGAAGCCAAAAGGUUGAGUAUACAGGGAAAUCUGGGACAUGUAACGUGUGCUCUGCACCUUGCUCAUCUUGCUUUCAUGUCAAUAAGGUUCUUCUGGGAUCGACUGAUGAAUCUGCUGGAGAAACCUGUGCCGAGAAUACUGAAAUUGGGCAACUAAGUGUACUGAGCGCUGUGGCAGGCAUGAACUCAACUUCUGAUUCUUUCUCUGAGAAUGCAGUAGGUAAGGCAUCCUCGAGGACUUCCCAUGCAUCUGCAUCAGAUGACAGUGUGGUGCACUCAAAGUCUGAGAGUCGAAGAGUUCCAGAAGGGCAUGAUGAUUGCUUGUCAUGUGUCAGUGGAACUGAUGAGCAUGCAAAUAAAAAAUCUGAUACUGAGGACAGUAAGAUAUAUAAUAAUCUGAACAAAUGUAGUGGAGAAAGUUCUGACAAGGUGCUUCAUAGUAGCUCACAACAAACUGGACUAAAUUCACAAAAUCCAGAUUCUGUGGGAGUUCCUUUUUCAAAAUACACUGACGAUGCUACUGACCUGCUGAAGGGUCAGAAUGCUUUUUCUCAAGCUUCAAAUGAAAAAUACCUGUCACAUGAACCGAAACCAAGGGCUGUUACGGAUAAUAAGCAGUCUGAUAUAAAGGAUGAACCGUUGGAGGGCUCAACUGAACACUUGGAUUCAUCGUUGCCUAGAGGUGUAGCAUCUGAUAUUGUUUCUGGUGAUCCUCCUCCUACCGUUCUUAAUUCUGUGAAAAAAGAUGAUGAGAUGGAGGUGGAAGUUCAUCCAGUUGAUGAGACUGAUGACUCGGAUAUGGUGGAGCAUGAUGUGAAAGUUUGUGAUAUAUGUGGAGAUGCAGGGAGGGAGGAUUUGCUUGCUAUCUGUUGUCGGUGCAGUGAUGGGGCAGAACACACUUAUUGCAUGCGGGAAAUGAUGGAAAAAGUCCCUGAAGGUGAAUGGCUGUGUGAAGAAUGCAAGACUAUGGAUCAGGAGGGAGUUGGAAGGCAAGAAAAGAAUGGAGGAAUGGAUGAAAAUGAGAAAAAUAACUCCUCUGGUCAAGCAAGUAGUGAAUAUGUAAAUGGUUCUGAUGUUGAGGGACCCAGAACAAAAGGUUAUAUGAGAAUUCCGUGUAAAAGGCAUAGAGAUGAUGCUGAUUCUGAAGUUUCUUCUAUAGCAAAGAAGCCAGCACUUGAGCCAACAGUUAGGUCACCAAAGACCUCUAGUUCUAGCAAACUAGCUGCGCUUUCCCGUGAAAAUUCUUUGAAGUACACGGAUAAGGGUAGACUGCAGUCUUCGCACCAUUCUUCUUCAGACACAGUUCCAGUUAAUGAUACGACCGAAUCAGCAAGCUCCGCUUCAAAUCUACGAGUGAAUACUUCUCGAGGUACUUUCUCGAAGUCAAAGUCAUUUAAUUCUCUGAAUUCAAAACCAAAGGUCAAGCUUGUAGAUCAAGUUGUUAUUCAGAGGCAGAAAUCAGCUAAGGAACAUGGCUCUUUUCGGCUUAAGGAGGGUGUUGUCAGAGCGAUAGGCAAAUCUAUGUCAUUUAAAUGUACAAACUCCAUGCGGUCUGAAUCAAAACUAAAGAUGCUGUCUCCUAGACCAACUCACAGCCAAGACAGUAAAAGUACAAAACAGAGGACUCCAUUUGAACGCCAUCACUCAUUCAAAGCUGAACUUCCAUCCGCUAAUCCAAUAAUGGGUACUUCUAUGAGUUCUACAUCAAGAAUUGAAAAAAAACAAGCAUCUCGUGCAGAGUCUUCUUCGCUUGCUACCGUUGCUAACCACCAUGACAUGAAGCCUGUACAAACUGAUGGUAGAUCAGCAGCGUUAACAAGAUCAUCCGGUCUUGCAGCUCGAAGGACUGCAGAGUUAUCCAGCUCUCAAGGUGAAUUUAAGAGACCAUCAGUGUAUGGUAAUCAUGGGGUUUCUUCUGCCGGUGGAGUUAAUAAUAUUGAACAAAAAUCUAAUCGGACUAGCCUGAAGGAGGAUGCUGCCAGUUCUGUUGUUGCUGACAGGCCACCGUUAAGUGCUAGUGAAGUUCUACCCGAUGGAUCACCUAGGCCUGGGGAUUUAACAAGUUCUGGUGAGCGGAUGAAGGAAUAUUCUAGUAGCCGCUUUGGGCAAUCAUCUGUAAAGUCUUUAAGAGAUGAAAGUGAUAACCUUAAAGCAGCUAUAGAGGCUGCUGUUCUGAGAAAGCCAGGAGUGUACCGAAAGCAUAGAGCUCUCGGCCAAUCUGAUGAGUCAUCCAUUUCAAGUGUGGCUUGUGAAGUAGCUUCUCAUCACGAUCAUAUUUCAAGUUCUGCUGGAAACAAGAAAUUGGCUUCCAACGCAGAGCUGUCUGAGGUAUCCCGGAAUUCGACCCCUGAUCAUCUUAAACAGGAAACUAUCAGUAGUGUGAAGCAGUCCUUGCUGGUUCCUGUAGAGGGACUUCCUUUUGGAGCACGAGAUGGUGUCCAUAAUGGCCCUUUCUCAAGGGAUGUGUUCAGUAAUGCUCCAGCAGCAGUGCCUGCCUUUUUGAAAUACUUAGCAAUUCCAGAGCACGAACAUAUAUGGCAGGGAAGUUUUGAGAUCUGUCGAAGUGACGAAACUUUUGAUUCAUGGGAUGGAAUCCAAGCUCAUUUAUCAACAUCUGCAUCGCCGAAAGUUAUUAAGGCUGUAAACAAGUUUAAAAGCAGAAUUGUCCUCUAUGAAGUGCCUCGCAAAAGUACUUGGCCAAUACAGUUUCAGGAAUGUGGUGUUAGAGAAGAUAAUAUAGCCCUGUUCUUUUUCGCUAAAGAUCUUGAGAGCUAUGAAAAGAUUUAUAAAGUUUUGCUGGAUAAUAUGAUGAAGAAAGACCUUGCUCUCAGAGGAAAUGUCAAUGGUGUUGAGCUCCUCAUAUUUGCUUCCAAUCAGCUUCCUGAUAAAUCCCAGCGCUGGAAUAUGUUAUUCUUCCUUUGGGGUGUCUUUAGAGGAAAGAAGGAAAGUUGCCUGCAAAAGAUGCCCGAGUCCUUAAACCAAUGUUGUGCUCCUCGGGAUAUACCCCCACCUAUAAUGUCCUUGCCUGAGAAUAGAUGCUCACUUGGACCUAUCACUGAGGAUUUACUUGCGAGCGAAGAUGCAUCUCCCGUGCUUGACAUGCCUGCUUCAGAAGAGUUACGGAAUCUAUUGUCUUCUAGAGCUGUUGCCAGUGUAUCAUCUUUGGAUUCGCUGAAUCAUAGACCGAAUCCUAGUUCCACAGUGGCAGGAGAAAGUGAGAGCACUAAACAAUGCCAAGAACGGGAAGGAGGUAUCAGUUCCAGCUGCAGUCCUCACCUUCCUGUUAGAAGUUCUAGUUGUUCUGGAAGGGAACAAAUGAUGCAUGAUACUCGCCUACUUGAUAGACAGCAGUCAUCGCAUCAUUCCAGCAAGUCUGUUGCGGGUGAGCUUAAGGAAGGCACAGGUGAAGGAACUCUUUUGGAUAAGAGUAGUAAGAUAUGUAAUCAAAAUCAAGUGAAGUUAAGUGUGGAUGCUGGAGAUCUAUCCACGGGUGGAGAAACUCCUUUGGAGGAUCAUCAGGAAACCAGAGACCUGAAUGUGGAGCACAGGAGAUGGCCUUUUAACAACGACAGUAUGCAUCCUGCAUCGCCUGUGGUGCCUCGAACGCUUUAUGCUGGCACUAGCAAAGUGCCCCUUAGGAAUGAUGACGCACGUAAUGAGACAUGUGGAGUACUUGAAAAAAUCAAUCAUGUGCCUUCUGGCUCCUACGCACUGCAUAAUCGACAUCAGGAAGUUUGUGUUGAGACUCUCAUACCCGGAUUUAAUGAACAUGCUGAAAGACGUUUCUUCCCAAUAGAACAGCCUGUGAAGGGCGUACAAUCUGCUGAUGGAUCCACGCCCUGGAAAAUGCAUCAGUUAGAACCAGAUCGACUUAAUGAUAGAGCACCAAAUCUUGAGCUUGCUCUAGGGGCUGAUAUAAAACCCUUGUCUUUGGGCACCCGGUCGGUGUUGGUUAGUAAAGUGGACCAGACAGUAAAUGAGGAACAUAUUCGGGAAGAGGCAAGGAGCAAGACAGAAGAUGAUGCCCAUUCCCUGAGAAGGAAUUCAGCACAAAACCUGCUCCCAAAACUGAGCAGCUCGUGUCCGAGAGGGAACGCGUCAAUACUUCAAUGCUGCUCUUUGGCAAUUUAAGAGAUAAUUAGUGAGUGAUCCCAAGUAAGUUAAACAGUAGUUGAAGCUAUUAUAUAGUAGGAUCACAUACUUCAGUGUCUCGGUGAGUUCAUGCUGUAACUGAAUCCAUAUGGUUGAUACCCUACAGGAUUUAUAUAUAAUUUUGCUAGGUCCGUCUCAGACCGCCAUUUGCUCUUUAGUUUGCAAGUGAAAGAGUCCUAAACGGCUGGUUGUAUAUAUGUAGAAGAGUAUAGUAGCCGGGACAGUGUGAUAUCGAAAUAUUUCUGUUAGCAUUCACUCUCUUCAUUUUCAUAAUGUUCUUUUUUUUCUCUCUUCUGGGGCUGUUUCCGGUAAUUGUGCAUGUGAAGAAGAUGCUUGCCUUUUUAGUAAUGAAGCUUGGACUUUGGUCGAAACAGGCAGCAGUGAAAGAAAGCACGGCUCCUGAGACGUCGUUUGGAAGCCUGUCAAACCUUGUUAACUUCUUGAUUGCAUAAUGGUCACCAUUUUUUGUCCUGUAUUUCGAGUCUCAGGGAGAGUCAGGGAAUUAGUUUUGAUCCUCCUUUAAACAAAAAAUGUGUACAUUAUCAAUAUCUUGAAUAACUGUUUGCGAUGGA